UUAUUUGCGACAGUAACACUGUUGUCAAAAUUCAAUAUGGCAGAAAAGUAUACAGUAAAUAACUACCUAUAUAUUUAAAUCAUUUUAAAGAUAGUAAAAUAGUGUGUGACGUGGUGUAACGGAAAAUCAGUGAAUUUGGGACUGGAUUAAGUAAUACAAAUCAAGAAGAUACAUGUCACCAAUAUUCUCAUAACAGAGAGCAGAUCGUCGUGCGGCGGUGGCGGUGGGUCGGAGGGGGAAGAGCGUACGUCGUGGCGGGUCACGCUGGACCACGACCUGGUGGAGACACUUAGUGCGAUAUACCCCGAGUGGUUCAAGCAACCGCGACGCGAUCGCAGCCGGGCCGCCUCCCCCACCUCGCCCCUGCCCGCGUCGCCUAACACGCCGGCAACCUCGCCUGAAGAGGAUAUCUUCAGUUCUGGUGCGGAGGACAUGGCCGGUCGUCAAGCCAGCAGCAGCGGCGCGAGUGAGCCGCCGAGCUCGCCGCCGCGUGUGUCUCCCCCGAAGGUUGUCGUUGACGACAGCCCACUACAGCCUGCUAUGGGAAAACAUAAAGAAUCAUUGAAGGUGAAACUCAUGAUGCGGCGCCCUAUUAACCAGUUGGUGGCUCAAGGCAUCAUGCCACCUUUAAAAACCCCUCCUGCGCAUUUUAAACAACUCAUGCAAUUAGAGAGAGCAAAAACAGGGGAUUUGCUCAAAGCAAAGAUCCAGAGUCGACCAGAUCGACGAGAACUUGAACGCAGACAUAUUUUAGAACAAGAGAGCCAUGUAGAUCCAAGUUUGGCAGAAAAGCAACGCAUGCUGAAAAAGGCUCGAUUGGCGGAUCAAUUAAACGAUCAGUUGUCGCAUCGACCUGGUCCACUUGAAUUAAUAAAGAAGAAUAUACUACAUACAGAAGAGAAUAUUGAAACGGCAGUCAAAAGUGGAAGUCUCGCAUUUAAGGCGACAAGUGAAGGUGCUUCGGGGCGACCUCAACAUCCAUCUUCUUAUUGUGGCCCUCCUGAUGAAGUUUCUCCGUCUCCUUCACCACCUUCAACUUUAUCACCCGUCAGUGUAACGUCGACGCCACAGCAUCCUGCGCCCGGCAAAGAGAAGUGUCGCAAAAAGACGAAACAGAAGGAGAAAAUAAAAUCGCGUUUCAAGUUCCACGAAUAUAAAGGUCCUCCGAACGCGCAGAAGUCCUGUUCCCCGCCUGGUUCGGUGGAGACACCAUAUGAAUUACUGCUCCAACAGCAACAACUUUUAUUACAACUAAUGCUGCCUGCAUCUCCAGCUCCAUCGUCUACGUCUAUAGCUUCAGAUUCUUCAGAUGCUUUGUCAGUUCCACCACCUCCUCCACCACUCCCUUCGACAAUGGGUCCACUUUCUUGCGCAGCCCGUUUCGAAGACAUGAAAGUAUCCGAUUUACGUGCAGAAUGCAAACGACGGAAUUUACGUGUUUCUGGUCCAAAACCACAGCUCAUUGACCGUUUGCGACCUUAUUUGAAAGAAAUGCAAGAAGAGUCACCUAGAUCGCCUGUAUCAAUAGCGUCGCCUGAAUCGAGAACUGAGCCGGAACAGUCAGAGGACAUAGUUCAAUCGCAAAGGCGGCUCAUCGAAGAACUGGAGCGCCAAUUGGAAGAAUCAAGACAGCAGCUGGAAGCUGUGAGACGGGAAGCAGCCGGAGCUGCCGCUAGUGAUCAAAGCAGGCGGCUGCUUCAAGCCCAUCUAUGUGUCACGCAGUUGCGAGCGAAACUUGACGCUCUUCAGCAACCUCCAGCCCCCAAUCCGCCUCAACCGCGAUACGUUAUCGCUACGCCAGACACUGCCCCUGAUAGAUUAGUACGUCUCUUUACAGUAACUCCGCCAACCACUGAAGUGACAACCGAUAAUUCUCAAACAAAAACUGCAAAUCCAGCUUAUAUCUUAAAUGGUGUGAAGGUUGUGCCUAUAGCGAUUCUACCGACCACUCACUAUGAACCAGAACGAACUGCACCCCCACCACCACCACCUCCCCCUCCGCCUCCACCUCCACCAAUGCCACAAACACCUCUUUCCAUUCACGAUAGCGCUGAAGACAGUCAAAUCAUGGAUGAUGUUCUCGAAAUACUUGUUGAAAAUGGCGAACUACCUCCAUCUGCUGUUAAUGACGUUGCCUCAAAUAGGUCUAUCGACACCGGCUAUCUAACGGCAAGUCCCAGUGAUUUCACUCCAACUGAUGUAUUGACAGAUGAUGUUCUCAGCGAUUCACAUGUACGUGACUCGUUGGCCGCCGACGAGUUACAAAGAGAAUUGAACGAGAUUCAAAAUGAAAUUCUGGGCCACGGCGAUUUGAGCAGCGUCACAGAUAUGACGAAUAGAUGUGACGUCGAUCCGAACGGCAUAGAUCACGAUCUAAACGUCGAUAUGUUGGCGACUAAUGAGUUCAACACUAAUUUCGCGCAUUGUGAUUCGUCGUCUGUGAAUGACGACUUUUUCGGAAGACUUCUAGCGGGUGACAGCCAAGAUAAUCACGGCGCAAUGGACAUUGACGAUGAACAACAAGAAAGAAUGAGUAUGACUCCGCUAACAAACGGGGACAUAUUGGAUCACACCAGAACCGGCUUCGAAGAUAUCAACGAACUGUCGCUUCCAUCAUUUCAGAACGAAGAUACACGGCACAACACAUUCGAUGACCGGUCGUGUGACUUCGAUUUUAAAGAGUUUGGCAUCGAGCUGGGUGGCAAUAUGAACAUGGACACAGAAUGCUAUAUGAAUACAGAGUUCAUUCCGAACCUAUUCGGCCGCGGUCACAUGCCUCCAUGUGACCCAUUACUUGGCGGAGUACUAUCGAGGCCGGCGCCGAGACCCGCUCAUAAAAUUUAUUCCUGGGACAAAAAUGAAUUCGACGCCACCUGACCCGUACUUGCGCAGUUACACCCAGGUGUCGCUCUCUAACGAUGCUAAACUAUGAUCUCUGAACCGUAUGUCAAUAAUUGAGUGAGUUGACGUAUAUCGGUUACGUAAAUAGGAAUAAACAAUUGCUCUCCUCUUAAAGUUGGCUAGACUAGAUUUGUUUAAAAGUAAAUAUAGAAAGUACGGUGUGGCGCUACUGGGUAGCGGUUUCAUGUAACUUACGCUAGUCUCUACGCUUGGUGACCCGAGAUACUUCCAUGAUCGUGACUAUAAGGACUAAAUAUUAAGUGCAUUGUCAGAACACAUAGUGUUGACAUUAAUUGAGUGGAUGAUUUUCUACGGUACUUAAAAUGAUACAUAUGUUUGUAUCAAUAGCUUUUAAUUAGUUUAAGGUUUUGUGUUAUUUAUAAGCGAGUGUGAAGCGUUUCGUCACCUUUGUGUGCGCAGUGACAUACUUGGCUCACGUAAUUAUAAAUCCAUUUUAUUUACUGAGGCAUAUCUACUUAUGUAUAUAAUGAUUGUUUAUUAAUUUAAUACUCAACAUAGUUGUGGAUUUCUGCAUUCCGCCCGACGACUAAAACUUAGGAAAAAUUAUAGGGAUAGUCUUACCUUGUCGAGACGAAAUCUGCUCAAAGUUUAGUUACCCAAAACACUAUUGCCUAACAUUAGUAAUAUCUGAUCUUGUGCAAACUGAAAAUAGCAGUUAUUUCGUCUUAAUCGGAAGAAUACUAUUUCCCAAAAUACCAAUAAGUGACAUUCCAGUCUUGUUGAAAUGCAAAAGUGGCAAUAAGCAAACUUGUCUCUUCUAAAGCUCUAACCCAAUAUGAAAUUUGGUUGAAAUUCAAAUAAUUUAUUAUCAAUUACAGAGGCAAGUUGCAUAUUCACAAGCCAUCGUCAUGGGUGGGACCAGCUUGGGAUCAAUUAUAGAUACGGUUUCAAUUAGUUAAAGUAGGGAGCCAACUCUUUCACAUUGUAAAAAAUUAUGUAGGCACUCUUUGUUCCGUUGUUGAUUCUUUACCUUUAACUUCCACUCGUAUUUAAGUCUAGCCCUUGUAUUUUGGUGUUGUUGUGGUGUAUAUGCUUCUACAAAAUGUUUAGUAAUUUGUUUAAUAUGUUUUAAUUUAAAAGAAUUUUUAGUAAUAUUGUAUCAACAUAACAUUCUUGAAAAUGUAUCAUUCCACUGUUAUCGUCUAAAACUUAGGAUAGGUGCACAGUAGUCAUUUUAGGGAAUUUAAAGAGUGUUUGCAUAAUUUUUUAAUUGCGUUAUUCGUGACUUAUUUAUUUAUUUAUAUCUCAUGUAACAUACCUUCCUAUGUAAAAAUGUUGUGUAUUAGGGUUAUUUUUCGCGUUCAUCACCGCUUAGCACUUAACUUAAGGAUUUAUUAAAAUCGGAGACCAAAUUGCCAUUAUUUGCAUUUAUAUUUAAUUUAAUAUUUGACGCCUGGGAUGACAACGAAUGUGGCUUCACUGCUGCGUAUGUGCCAAUAUAUUUCACUGAUUACAUAAAUGUCAAUACUAUAAGAUUUGAAAUACUUCCAUGUGUAGUUUAUUGAUUUUCGUAUAAGUCUGUGGUCUGGUAUGAAACGGUGGUAACAUGUGACGGCACUUCAAGCCCGCGCUUGGAGUUCAGUCGCAUUUGGAAUGGUGCUAUAAACGUUAGGUAUGCGAAGAAUGUUUAGUAAAAUAUAUGUAGAUUUUAUAUCGUAUAUAAAUCGCCAUUUUUGUUUAAUUACCCAUUAUUUAUUACAAUAUGGGAUAGUUGCUAAUAUUUUAUAAUGAUUUAGUAAAAUCGUACAUAACAUAUUUCUAAAAUAUUGGUUUUCUUUGUUUACUAAACGUAAGUAAUAUUCCAUUAAAUAAAUAAAUUAAAAUAAUUUCGUGUAGCAUAAAUAUAUUUAUAUAUUUUAGGAUUGCUCAUCAAAAUUGUACCUAUCCUUUAGCCAAAUAUUUAAAGCACUAAAGGGAUUUUAGUACUAUUCCCGUAUUGGGCCUAGUAUGUUCUUAAGCCUUGUAUGAAAAUAUUGAAGAUUAGUGUAAAACAGUGUAAAAUGUCAUUUAACGAAAAGCAAGUGUUAUAUCGUUGUUAUGCGUGUAUAUCUCAUUUGUAAUUUCAUUUAGUAAUUAGUACUUGCAAUAUUAGCGUGAUCACAUAGUUUAAAAUUAAAAACAUAUCAUUUAUGUCAAUAGAAACCUCCAAAACCAUAACAGAUUUUAGUACACGCACAACAUCAUCGAUUAUGCCUGCUUAAGUAAAUUUGAAGUCUAUCUAUCAAGUGAGAUUAUUUUUUUUUCGAUUAUUUGUUAAUUGUUACAAUUAUUUUAGGAGAGUUUUAACAUUUGUUUUUUUUUUCAAACAUAAUAUUAAUGUAAUGAAGUGAUACAUAGUGCUACAUCUGAGUAACUGUUUAAAAUAAACAUUACUAUAGUGGAUAUAGAUUAACUGGCUUCGUUAUAUUGCGUGUUUAACUAUAGUUAAGGUUUGUAUGUAUGUAUAUUAACGUAUAUUUGAUAUUAUCGGAAAAUAUUCACUUACAUUCAUAAGUCUUUUAUUAGGGGAUAUAAACCCAAUAUAUGGCAGAGCCAAGUUUUCAUGAUCAUUAUGUGAUAAUCACUUAAGUCGAAAAUGUAAAAGUAUUUGGAUAGUUUUUUACCUUGCCGUAUAAUGAAGCCUUGUAAAUACUUACCAAGCCUUUAUUAGCUUAAGAAAAGAUUGUUGAUAAAAAAUUAAAA